AUGGAGAGGAACGUUGCUGUCUUGAUUUUUGUGACAGUCUGUAUGUGCUUCGUCCGAAAUGAAGGCGUCAAACUAGGACUGUUGGUGACAACGGACAAUGCGGUGAUAAGCCACGUUCGUAGCAAAGCUUAUACGGAUAUUGGACUUUAUUUCAAACUCUUUCAGGUGAGUUUCUCCAACCCCGGAUUGGUCAUUUCGGGCGCCAUGACACUUGCUGUUGAUGACGUCAACAGAAACCCUGCUUUGCUGCCUAACACGACGCUGGAAUUUGUCUGGAACAAUACCGAGGGUUAUGAAGACGGUUCUAUCCGGGCCCUGACCGAGCAGUGGCGGGACGGAGUGGUCGCGUUCUUCGGGCCGGGGGAGACGUGCACCACCGAGGCACGGAUAGCGGCCUCGUGGAACGUCCCCAUGAUAUCUUACAUGUGUUCCGAGUACCCAGUCUCAGACAAGUCGCAGUACCCAACCUUCGCACGGACCCUGCCACCGGACACACAAGUCUCCAACUCCAUCCUGGCGCUACUGGAGAACUUCGGCUGGAACAAUGUCACCUUGGUGGUGUCAGAGACAGAGACGUGGAGAAGUGUUGCUGCCAGCCUAUGGGAGGUCCUGCCAGCCUACAACAUCACCAUCGCCUUCCAGAUGGACUUCGCCCAUCCGUACCUACCCGGGCUCAGUAAAGGAGAUGAUGGCAGGGACCCUCUACUAACUAUAGUACACCAGACGUACAUCGAUACUAGGAUAUACAUCGUACUGGGGAAGUACUUUGAGGCGUUGGAGUUUGCGCACUUCAUGUAUGAGAUGGACCUAUUGUCUGGGGGAGAGUACAUGGUCAUCACCGUCGAGUUAGAUCAAGAGUACAACCGUGACUAUCCACAGAGUCUCAUGCAAGGUCCGUUUGAAGCUGACUUGCGGGAGGGUAUCAUCGAGGCAUUCCGCUCCGUGUUGGUGCUCGUGCCGUCCCCUCCGAGUAACCCAGACUACGGCCUGUUUGAGAGAGAAGUGGACCAGAAGAGCAAAGAACCGCCUUUCAACUUCUCCUCCAAACUUACCAGACGGAUCCCUCGAACAGCGGCCUACCUGUACGACUCCGUCAUGAUCUACGCGCAUGCGCUCCACAGGACCAUUCAGAAGGGCGGCAGUACCACAGACGGGCAGGCGAUCAUCAAGAACGCCAUCAGCAGGCAAUACCAAAGUGUUCUUGGGAAUCUGAUGUACGUAGACCAUAACGGGGAUGCCGAGAUCAACAUCACAGUGCUGUCCGUGAAACAGUACACAGACCCCGUCACCUCGGAGCACACGUACGGUCUGCUGCCUGUGGCCAUAUUCAGGGAGGAGGACGGGAGACCGGUAUUUCAGGUCACGGCUGCAGAUGGGAUAGACUGGGUAGGCGGGGACCCUCCUCUGGUGGAGCCGCCAUGUGGGUUCAGAGGUCAAAGAUGCGUGUCACCACCAGAUUUUGCGGCGGAAAUAUCCAGUGGCGUAAUAGGAGGCGUCUGUCUGAUACUGUUUAUUAUCGGACUGAUUGUUUACAGAAAUUACAAGUAUGAGUCUGAGCUGGCCAGAAUGCUGUGGAAGAUUGACUAUAAGGACAUCGUACGCCGUGGCAUGCGGAGCAGAAUGAACAACAGCAGCAGGUGCCUGAACGUUUCCCAAUUAACGAUGAACAGUGACACGGCGCAGGUGUUCGCGCACGUCGGCUACUACAAAGGUGCCACCGUGGCCAUCAAAUGGGUCCAUAAGAACCACGUGGAUCUAACCAGAAGCGUUCGGAAAGAGCUCAAACUCAUGAAAGACCUUCGGCAUGACAACAUCGCCACCUUCAUCGGCGCAUGCGUCGACUCCCCUAACAUUUGCAUCAUUACUGAAUAUUGCACCAAGGGCAGUCUAACGGACAUUUUGGAGAACACUGACGUCAAGUUAGACACUAUGUUCACGGCGUCCAUCGUCACUGAUAUUCUAAAGGGUAUGACCUACCUUCACUCGUCCGAGCUGAAGUAUCACGGGAACCUGAAGUCAUCCAACUGUGUGGUGGACAGUCGCUGGGUGGUCAAGGUCACGGACUUCGGACUGCAGGAGUUCAAGGCCGGCAGCAAGGACGAAGCCGGCGAGCAUGCGUACUACCGAAACCUGCUAUGGAAGGCGCCUGAGCUCUUACGCGGUCCAAGCGUUCAGGCCGGAGGCACCCCAAAGGGAGACGUGUACGCGUUCGGCAUCAUCCUGUACGAGAUCGAGGGGAGGGAGGGUCCGUACGGCACAUGCGCAGAGGAUCCCAAAGAAAUAGUGGAGAAGGUCCGAGCCGGUACGGACCUGUUCAGACCGGAUACCCAGCACCUGGACUGUGAGAAGUUUGUGAUUGACGUCAUGCACACCUGCUGGGCGGAGCUACCGGAGUCGCGCCCCGAGUUUAAGACCAUCAGAAAUCUUCUCAAGCCCAUGAAAAGGGGAAUGAAGUCCAACAUCUUCGACAACAUGAUGAACAUCAUGGAGAAAUACGCCAACAACCUGGAGGAGCUGGUGGAAGAGAGGACGCAUCAACUGGUGGAGGAGAAAAAGAAAACUGACGCUCUUCUGUACAGCAUGCUACCGAAAACCGUAGCGGAUCAGCUGAAACGCGGGAAAAGAGUGGACCCAGAGUCGUUCGACAUGGUCACCAUUUUCUUCAGUGACAUUGUGGGCUUCACGUCACUGUCAGCGGAGAGCACUCCUUUACAGGUGGUUGACCUGCUGAACGAUCUGUACACCUGUUUCGAUGACAUCAUCAGCAACUUUGACGUGUACAAGGUGGAGACCAUUGGUGACGCGUACAUGGUGGUAUCAGGCCUCCCCUUAAAGAAUGGUGACCGCCAUGCGGGUGAGAUCGCGUCCAUGGCGCUGGCUCUGCUGAAGGCUGUCUCCAGCUUCAAGAUCAGACACCGGGGAGAUCACAAGAUGCACCUCCGGAUAGGUAUCCACUCAGGUCCUUGCUGCGCAGGAGUGGUAGGACUGAAGAUGCCACGGUACUGUCUGUUUGGUGACACGGUCAACACCACGUCACGGAUGGAGUCUAACGGUCAAGCCCUGAAGAUUCACUGCAGCCAGGAGUGUAAGAACGUCCUGGACAGACUGGGAGGAUACCACUUGGUCAAGAGGGGGGUGAUCCCAAUGAAGGGAAAGGGGGAGUUGGUGACCUACUGGUUGUUAGGAGAGGACAAGAGUGGUCGGCACAACCUGCCCCCUCCGCCCCCCUCCCCAUGUCCCCGCUCACCCUACCACCCCACAUCCAACAACCUGAAGGCGAUCUCACGGAAACUCUCGCCUCUUAUGGUCAACAACUUUACACAGAACGAUUUGAACAAAAGCUACAGGCCUGUCAAACGGACAGCUCAACGGAGGAACAGCGCGCCGCCAGCUGCGAACAUGGGCCGCCGGGCCAGCUAUCAUGUCCCGUCACGGCAUGACCUUGACAUCUUAGAACUGUAGGAACAGCAAACCACAAUAGCUGACGGAAUAGCUAGCACGUGCUAUCACGGUCUGAUCAUCUUAGAACUGCAGGUACAGUACAACUUGGGCUGACGGAACAGCUAGUGUGUGCUAUCACGGCCUGAUCAUGUUAGAACUGUAGGUACAGUACAACUUGGGCUGCCGGAACAGCUAGUGUGUGCUAUCACAGCCUGAUCAUCUUAGAACUGUAGGUACAGUACAACUUGGGCUGCCGGGACAGCUAGCUCGUACUGUCACAGCAUGAUCUUCACAUCUUAGAACUGUAGGAACAGCAAACCACAAUAGCUGACGGAAUAGCUAGCACGUGCUGUCACGGCCUGUCCUCGACAUCUUAGAACUGUAAGAACAGCACAGCCUUGGGCUGUCGGAAUAGCUAGCACGUACUGUUACGGCCUGGACUCCACAUCUUAGAACUGUAUGAACAGCACAACAUUGGCUGUUACAGCUGUUACAGCCCUAGCCUGGCCUCUACGGAACUGUUGGAACAGCACAACCAAUAUUCGACGGGAAAGCUAGCCGCUGUCACGGACUGGCCUUGGCAUCGUAGAUCAUUGAGGAUAGCAUAGCCUUCACAGCCUUGGGCUGUACUGUCAAGGCGUGGCAACGACAUCAUAGAACUGUUAGAACACCUGGCUAGAUAACAGGUACUGUCACUGUCCAAGUGGCCUCGACAUCUGAGAACUACAGGGAACAGCACAUCUUUGGAGCUGUCGGGAUAGCUAGCACGUAAUCAUAGCCUGCCCUGCGGACAUCCUUUAGCUAUAAGGAUAGCAGAACCAUGGGAUACUGGGUUAGCCAGCACGUGCAGGCCGCGACAUUAUAGAACUAUACGGACAGCACAACCUUGGUUCACAAGACCAACUAUCGUGGCACGUACUAUAACGUGCUGAACAUCUUAGAACUGUACAGUACAACCAUGGGCCACCAGGACAGCAAGCACAUACUGUCACGGCCUGACCACAUUAUAUCAUAGAACAAUAUUAGCAUAUCUGUCACCAAGAUGAAAGCUACACAUAGUGUUGUUGGAAUCAUAAAAAAGAUAAAACGUAUAUAGCAAAGUAAGCAAACAAGGUGAAUGUUGUCAUAAAAGGGUCUACAUUAGCAAUAGCAUUAGUGGCUGUAUCCACAAUUUGAACGUACGACAUGUAAAUAAUGUAAAGGGUGAUUUUGUGUCAUUUUGUCUUGUCAGAAAUACAGCAAAGAAUUGGUAUCCGAUUCUUUAACAUAAGGAAAUCACUCAAUCAGAAUGUCCCCUCCCAAAGGGUGUAUUUCUGUAAGGGUCUUAUCAAAGUUGUGCCAAUCUUUAUAGUUUGAUUGCCUUU